AUGCCCUUUUCUCAGAUGGGUUUUCGACCACUCCACGACGGCGUUUACUUGAUUUCAAACGACAAGCAUCGUGAUCAUACCCUGGCCUCGAUUGACAAUAGUAUCAAGGCUAUGGAGUCGGGGUAUUCCCUCUGGAGAGUUACAUUUCACCCAUCGGAUAGCGCCUACGAGAUUACGCACAUGAACUCGGGACUCGUUAUAGACCUUUAUGGAGGCGAUGCCUCCCCGGGGACUAACAUCAUUACUUUUGCAGCCCAUGACGGGCCGAACCAGAGAUGGAGGAUUCAACAACUAGACCAAGGACCCCUUGUAGUGUGUAGUUAUAUCAUCAACGUCAUCGGCGACGAGAAGAGCACUUCCCCGAGGGCUAGAUGGUACUUUAAGAAGACCUAA